GAGGCAGUGCCCUUGCAGAAACUCAUCACUAGGGAACGUACAGCGCAAAUGCUCCUUACAACGCCAAUAAUAAGAGCAUCAGAAGAUUAUCUAUAAGAGUUUUAACUCCACCCUUUCGACCCCUACUAAUUUCGUCGCUCUUCGAUUGCCUCUGGCAUAAUUCCUAUUCAUUACUCUUCAUUUCAUGCUAACUGACGACCUCCCAUGGCCAGAGCUCGGCAACGUCUCGCGCGGCGCCACGCGAGGCAACCAAGGGCAAAAAGGUGCACUAGGUCCAGCUGACCAAGAAGGUCGCUGCGUAUUACAAUUGCGGGUCCAACCUGGAGUGCUGGCUGUACGGCUGAACCGGCGGUCCAGUGAAUGGUAUCGCACCCUUGACAAUGAAGUAAAUCGUGCCCUAAAGUUGACAAAGACGUACUGGAGGAAAGCCCGCAGACGGCAAGACUAUAAUGCUCGUGCUGACCAGGAUCACAUGGAGUUGCACGAAUGGUUGCAGCAGCUCAAAGACAAGACGAUGUCGCAUCUAGAGGUGUUGAUGCAGAAGGGCGAUAUACAGGGCCCUCCAUACAUCAUGCCUGACGAUAUCGAACUGGUAUUUCUAAGGAAAUUUAUCGAAAGACAUAAUGCUGGCAUUCCUCAUAAUCCCCGCCUACGGCACCUGGGCCCUAACUCUCAACCCCAAGUCACCGACGACCAGAUGGAGGUCUCUACACCUGAGCUGUCAGACGCCGGCUACUCUGCCUCCAACCUGGGUGAGCAGGCUAUUCGUAUACAAGGAGAAAGCAGUUCAAGCAAACCGAACUCGAACUUUGCCCAUUCACCCAGUAUUUCCAAUCGCGUAAACAUCGUUCGGACUUCGCCUGUUCCAUCUACGGUGACCUAUGAAAAGCUGGUACAGGAAGCUCAUUCAUCAAGACAAUUACUGCAGGAAGCGCGCGCGAACUUGUCCAGGUCCCAAACUCAGACUCAGGAGGCGUUUCAGAGGUACACAGCCUGUCUUGAGGUGGAGACUCGUGCUAGGCGAGAAGUCCAUGUAGCUGAGCAACAUCACGAUGAACUAAUGUUUGCCCUGUUGGCACGGAAUCGAUCUUCAAUUGAUGGAUACUCAAGACAAUCGUCCUUAUCUCAGGACGAAGUUAGAAAUUCAGAAUAUGUAUUGCAAGAAUCCUCGGAGCGGAGACAUUCUACAGGAAUGGUGACGCCAGCAACGAAUAGCCCCAAAGUUAUGGAAUGGCGGCAACCGGAGGGGACUGGUUCGUACUCGGGUGGGCCAGAGACGAUGUCGCAGUUCGAUAUGCGAUCAUCGAGCGAUCAACCCUUCAAGCCCGAGCGCAAGCACUCGCGGACUUGGGACCAGGCUGGUCAACUUGAUGCUCGCAACGGGCAGCUAAACUGCGGAGAUAUGGCUAACCUACCUCCACGCAAACGUGCUCAUCACAUGGUAGAAAGAUAUGAUCCAUCAAGUCACAGCGGGUCUCUUAUGUCUCAACCUAUGCCAUUGCCUCCAUGAUGGUCGAAGUAAAAGACAUUAUGUCCUUUUUACACUGUCGUUUGUAAUAAUCGUAGACACGGACAGUGCUGAUGUAGUGUUGGACAAGUAUUAUUAUUCUCCUGACUCGCAUUGUGUCUCAAUUGUAUUUUAUGACACGCUUUUAUCGUACAAGAUAUG